AUGCCUGUGCUGCCGUCGCGACGGCCGGCAAGCGCUGAGCUUGCCUUCUUUCCUCUCGCUUCUGCUCAACCGCUCAUCCACUCACCCACUUGCCCACUCGUCCAUUCAUCUACUCACGCAUUCACUGGUUCGUGUCCGGUGCGCUCACGUCAGACGGGCUGUUCACGCAAUUUCCUCCGUGUCCUCGAUUUGCCCCUCCACGCCGAGGUGCCUAGCUCGAGUCGCCUCGUCAUGGGGCCGCCGAGUCGGCUCACACUCUCGCCGUCCGACCUCGGCCGCCUGAAGCGCCUAUGCCUGACCGUCUGCCUGCUCGUCUGCGGCCAUGGCGCCUCGGCGGUCGGUCUGCCCGGCAAAAUGACCCUGCCGCCGGCUCCGGGCCUCGACGAGUCCCCCGAGUCCCGCGAGUCCGGUCUCGGAGGCGAGUCGGGCCGACGGGCCGGCGAACGAGUCCAUUGCCCCCAGUCGGGGCCGAUGGUACGAACGGCCGUCGGCGCCUACUGCGGCCUCCGCAGGGAAGUCGCCUUCUCGGAUUCUCCGGCCUCGGAGGUGCACGUCUUCUACGGUAAGCCGAACCGUCCGAGACCAUGA